UUUUUUUUUUGAAUGAGCAGCGUUCAGUGUGACGCGAACCGCGGCCUGGCCAUCACCGUGUGUGAUAUUGUAGUCAUCGAUGACUCCGUAAUCUUGUUCGUCUCGACCGGGACACGCGGCCGAGAUCGGCGUACGACGACGGUGUAAUAUAUAAUAAUAAUAUUAUAUUAUAUAUCAUAUACUCGCGACUCGUCGAGUGUUAAUUUAAUUUUUAAAUACUACGUUCCAUUACAUACGUUUAUCGCAAUCGUAUAGAAAUUAUAUCCACCGCCGGAGUUCUUGCGCGAGUGAGUGCUGUACGUAUAUACAUCGCGAAUAUAUACGAUUGAACUUGCAGUUAUAGCGACAACGAUCGCGAUCCGUCUGAGAUGAUCGUACGAAUGAAAUCUCAGAGAUGACGACCGACAGAAUUCCCAUAUGGCUUUACGACAAGAAACUUUGGAUCAACGACGCGGACAGGCGUACCACGUGCGCCGACGUGGCGACCACGUUGACGGGCCACGGCAGUGACUACGCGGUGGCCGUCGACGGCGCGCACACGGCCACCAUGGUGGCAGAUCCCGGAGUCAGGGUGCUGAAGAUCUGGCAGAGCCUGCGGCCGGACCAAAAGCUUUGCUUGCGAAAAGUUGGCGGCAACGGCUACCACCACCGCGCCAACAACAUUGACAGCGGCGGUGGCUGCGACGACGACGACGCAGCGUCCGAGAUGAGCGGUUACCGCGGUGCUCACAGGAAGCGCCGCCGGGAGGUUGUGGUCAAGUACGCUUCGCGGACGGUGCACCCGAAGCGGCUGAGCAACACGCAGGCGGCCGAGGAGCUGCUGAAACUCAUACUCGAGCAGAGCGACACGAUCCGAGCGCAGCUGAAAAAGUUGCAGGACCGCGACAAGAAGAUCGAGAAGAUCGAGACGGAGACGCACAGGACCCGGGCGGACGCGUUGGGAUCGAAUUACCUGUUGGACGCGUACCUAGGGGGCGGCGGCGGAUGCGGUGACGACAAGGAGGAAAAAGACAGCGGCAUCACCGAAGGCGCCAGUGUGGAGAACGACGACCACGACGACGAAAACGAAGACGACGACGACGACCGCGGAGGUUGUGGUGUUGGGGGUAGAGGAGUUGUCGGCGAAAUCGCAGACUCCGGGACUCCGCCGCCGUCGUCGACGCAAGAGGCCAUCGCCUACCUGGAGAGGAUCGUCAAGAUCAACAAGAAGUUGUACGAAUUCGAGGAACGUCUGAUCCGGUUGUACGUGAACGUGGAACGGUGCCGGGACCAGGAGCAACUGCUGGACGAGCUGAAACGGGCCGAGACCGAGAUGGCCGACACCGAACGGUUAUAUCGCGAAAACACCCUGCUGAUACGCGACACCGACACCGAACUGCGAGCCAGGCUGGGUUACAUCGAACAGUUGCAGUACGAGGCGGCCAUCGUGGACAGCGAGAACGAGUACCUGAUGGGGUCCAUCGAACACCUGCAAGGUCGACACCACAAUCCACAGAACCAGGUCGAAAACUACCAACCCCAACAUCAUGCGGCCGCUUGUCGGGUGUUGGACACAUUGGUCUAGGACGGUUCAGUGCUGUAGCGCUGUAUACUUCCACAAUAGGGUGUGAAAAUCCCCAAAUGUUGAAAUGUCUUUUUUUGUUUGUUUUGUUUACCUUGUACAUUGCAAACAGUGUGUGUUAUUCGACUAUACGUUAUUAUUACUUUGUAUGUACAUUUCAAUAAAUAUUAUUGUCGUUAUUAAAAUAUUAUUAUAAUGACCGAUGCAUUGCGGUUGACCAAUUGUUUAUAUACGAAAAGGGGAAUUUUUAAAAAGAAAAUUUUACUACUAACGGAAUUUAUAUUAUGAUUAAUGUACCUAUGAUUACACAUUUAUACAUUUAUAAAAAAAAUUGUUUUGGUACUGUGAUUUCCUAAUAAUUAACAAUCGCACCAAACAUAUUUUGAUAUUUACAUAUUAUUACAGACUACAGUCUACACUAUACAGGACUAGUUUCAGAAUUUUAGCGUUUUGCACAGGGCACAUAAAACACGCAGAACAUUAUAUUUUAUACAGAAACGUAAAUAAUAAAAUAAACACCUAAGCUUAUAGAUAAAUGUAUUAGUUAAUUAAAUCAUGUAAUGUAUUUUUUCUUCUUCUGGAAAAUUAUAGUACUUACUUGUUACUAUAAAUGUGUUAGAUAACCGCAAAACCAUCUCUCAAUUCGCGUCAAUUAAAAGUGAACAUGUCAAAAAAAUAUUUAAUUCAAUGGAACUGUUAACAUAGGUACUUAUGUAUAUUUUCAAUAAUCAAGAUCAUUUUUAUUUUGUGGACUUGUGGUAGCUAUACUUAUUUUUCAUUCCCAUAACAUUAUUCUUUAUGUAUGUAAAUAAAUAUUAUAUUAUAUUUUAAGAGUUUGCACAUUGCACCCCAGUGUUGAGAAUAUUAUUACAGUAGAACGUCGAUUUACAGACAGUCAGUCUCAGGACUAGUCUUGACGGAGAAUGAAAAAGAAAGCUAAGCAAGAAAUGACAUAUUUUUUAAACAUAUUACAUACCUAUAUAAUACACAGUAUUUACUUAUUUGUUUAAUAAUUAUGACAUAUUUAUAUGCGAACUAUUACUUUUAGAUGUUAAACAAGUAGUAACUAACUGACUAUCAAUACAGUAAUCCCUCAUUAUCCGCGGUUUCGAUUGUCUGCGGUUGAGUCCACGAUGAAAUGUUAAAUACGAUAACGUUUUAUCAUUAUUAUUCGAACACUAUCGAUAAUUUUUAUUUUUAACAACUGAAGAUAAUACAACUAUGUAGGUACUUUUGUAUUUAUUAUAGAUAAAUACCACAUAAGGUACCUACAGAGUUUUUCCAUUCUUCCUAAUACAUGUUUGUACAGUUUGUUUAUAAAUAAUUAAUAAAUUGGAAAAUUAGAUUAAUUAAAAAAUGGUAAAAAUAUGUAUACAUCUUAUUAUAGUGGUUUAUAAAAAUUAAGAAAAUAAAACCUAACCUCCUUCUUUAUAUUGAUUUAUGGUUUCAUUAUCCGUGGUUUCGUUAUCCGCACAACCUCCGUGGAUAACAAAGGAUUACUGUACAAAGACAAGACUGUUUUUAUUUCAUCAAUAAAUUGUAUUAUUGCUUAUCUAGCAGAUAUUACCAGAAGAUCCAGGUUAUACUGGCUCAAACAAAAUUAGGCUCUCUGAUGUUUAACCAAGAAAAACAAAUAAUCAGGAAAUGAAUAAUCGAGGUUCUACUGGAAUAAGAUUCAUAUUACUGCCAAGUUAAUGAAAU